AUGGGUGAUAAAGAAGAUGUAGAUGUGCGUUUAGAGUUUAUGAGUGAAUACAUUCUAAAAUCACUGAAAUUGAAGAUUGAAAAAUGGACUAAAUUUAUCACUGGAGAUGAGAGGCACAUUUUAUUCAGAUAUUUUGAUAUGCCCAAGUUUGAUAUUAUUGUAUUUCGUGUGAAUACUGCUGGGCUGCUCACUUGCGCUACUAAUUUCCCUCCAAUAAGCAGAGGGAAAAUGAUUUACUUUCUAAGAAAUAUUGAUGAUAAAAUAACGGCAACGAAUUUCAGAAAGGUGAUGACAAUAGGUGAAAUGUCUGGUAAUGUUUUAAUGGAUUUGACUGUAAUGGCCGAUGAAGUGAUCGGGCCGUUACUGUGCAAUCCGGAAAACCAAAGAGGCUGGCCUAAGAUUGUGAAAAAUGAUAUGAAGAGGCAUGUCAAUGAUUUGAGGAAUUUAAUGCACCAGCUCAAAGGCGAGAUGUCGAGUCAAGUGAUGUUACCAAUGCCGGAUGGAGUGGAGACUAUCUAUCACGCCGAAGCUAGGCUUAGAGAAAGUGAUAACGAGGACGUGGAUUUAUAUUUAAAGACAAAUAUCGAAGGUGCUAUAAUUAAAUGGGCGCAACAAGUUCAUGAUCUUCUACAAGAAAACUCUUAUAUCGCGUUCAAAAGAACUAAAUUCCCGCUUCCAAGCGCUGACAUAGACUUCUACGCCAGUCGUCUCAAAAAUCUUGAAGGAAUUUAUUCUCAGUUGCGUGAUCCUCGCGUGAAGCGUAUGGCCAAUUAUCUCGAAGCCACGCGAAGUGUUUACUUGAGUUGCUUCAAAACAAUGCUUACUAAUGUUGUCGCUGCAAUAGUGGAAUGUAGAGAUAUUUACGUAUAUCAAAAGCCGCUACUGCAACAUUUCGAGAAUUUUGAAGGCACAGAUUUUUCUGACGCCAAGUUCUUGAUUAGGCCGAUGUUUCAUUGCAUCGGUUUGCUUUGGGGCAAUUCAAGAUAUUAUUGUAAUGUGGAAAAACUGAUUCCUCUCUUGCGGGAGGUAUGCAAUCUCGUAAUUCAGCAGUGUACAAACUCCAUCGAUCCAAGCUCAAUAUUUCAAGGAGACGCGGAUGAGCAGCAUCUCAAAGUUCAGAAAGCUAUCAAUAUCCUAAAUCAUUUUAUUGAAACUUACGAGAUGAACAGGGACAAGGUGCACACAUUCUUCCCCGCGGGCGUGAUGCCGGUUCGCUGGUCGUUUGACUUCGACCGCGUGUUCAUGCGAUUCAACGUUUAUAUGAAGAAGCUGAAAAUGAUCGAGGAGCUUCUAGAAGCGACCGUAGAAAUUCUGAAGUUGGAGAAGAUGGAGUUCUGCGGCUUGCGCGGGAAGACUUUGAGUACGGAAUGUAUGAAAAUCCUAGAGGAGUACACGAUAAUUUACCAAAACCUCGGCAAUAUAACGUACGACCCGGCCGACCCGGAGGACAACAGGUUUGAGGGCGACUACGCGAAACACAAGCUCGUGCUCGACGACGUCGACCAACGGCUCGCGUCUCUGUUCACGCAAGGAUUGGACGAAUGCCACAAUUUGGAGCAUUUCUAUAAGUUCUUCCAAAUUAUUGGAGAUUUAUUUCACCGCCCAAUUAUUAAGAAUGAACUCAAACCAAAGCUACCAAGACUUCUGGACUUCAUGCAUUCAAAUAUGGAUACCGUAAAAGAAAUAUUCGAUGAAGAAAUGUCGAAAUUAACGAAAGGUCCAGAAAGGCCAAUGGUUGAUCCCUAUUUACCACCCGUUGGUGGUAUGUUGUGGUGGAUUUAUAAAUUGCGCAGGCGCAUCCAAGCUCCGAUGGAAGAUUUUAUCAUGUUUGAAGACCCUAUCAUAGAAACGGAAUAUGCUCUGUACAUGAAGCAGAAGCACAAUGAAAUGUUGGGAUACUUGAACGUGUUGGAGGAUCGGCAGUUCAAGCAGUGGUGCGCCACUGUGCCUAAUAUUUGCAAAACACACUUGGCCAAAAAUCUGAUUUAUAGAGAUCCGCCGUUUGUUAGAAACAACUUUAGCCCCGAGUUGGUGAUGUUACUUCGUGAAAUGCGAUACAUGAAGUAUUUAGAAAAACAAGGCAUUCCAGCUGAUGGAUUGGAACUCUUUGCUAGAAAUGAAAAAUUACAGUACGAUAUGAAUCGUUUAAAUCGAGCCAUUGCUUGGUACAACGCUAUACGUGAAGGGAGCCAUGAGACUGAAGUGGCUCUCAUUGAGAAAGAGAUCUCUGCUAUUGACCAAUUGCUAGGCAGAGGUGUCGAGGAGCUCACCUGGAAUGAUGACUUCACGGAAUGGAUGGCGGAAGUGUACACGGCGAUAAACACUCUGCAAGAGCGGGUGUUGACCGCGCAGACGAACGUGCGGAAUGGGCUCGGCGGCGUCGCGGCGUGGGGCGACAAGCCGCUGCACAACCGCAAGGAGAACCCCGACAGGAUGGAGCUGCUCGCCGUCGCCGAGCGGCUGCCGAGGCUGCUCAAGAGGCGUGCCAAAAUUUUGGAAAGUCAUCAAGAGUUCCAAGACAUCCUCAAAAUCAAUUACAAGCUAUUUUUCAAUAUAAAAGAGGAAGAAGACUCCGAUGAAGAAGAAGAAGAGUUAGAAGAAGUGGAUGAAGCUACACUCGACGAAGAUGAAAGAGCAGCUCGAGAACGUAAGCAACGAGAGAUCGACGAGCGGCGUGAAGAGAAGAGACUGGCAAGGGAGGAAAGAGAUAGAGAAAAGGCAGAGAUAGCGCAAGCAAAGUUUGAGAGGAGAGAAGCCAGGCGACUAAAGAGAGAAGAGAAAGAGGCUGCGAGACGCGAGCGACAAGAGAGACGUGACGCAGGCGAGGAAGUGGACUCACCAGCUGAGGAGGAAGAAGAGUUAGACCCAGAAGAGCUCGCAGAUAUAGAGGAAGAACGGAGGGAGAUGGAGGAAGAGGCUUUUAGAGCCGAGCGGUGGCCGGCUUACGUGAAAUACAUAGAUACACUGGUGUCAAAACAAGUAAUGAAGGCGAUUCAAUGCAGCCUUGACUUGUUUGAAAAACAAACGGAUUUGGAGAAGGGUCCUCAAGUAGCAUUUAUGGAAGUCAUUGCAGAAUUAAAGGAUCCUGAUAUUUCUUUCACGCCAUCGUUAGAAAUCAAAGAUGCGGAUGGGCUGUACGACACGAUGGUUGAAAUGAUGAAAGACAUGUUCUUACAGGCCACUCUCUUCCCAAGAAUCGAUCCCAUUGUGCCUAUUGCAACUUAUGAGGAUGAUAUAGCUGCAGAAGAAAGCAUGAUAGAUCUCUACCAUGAUAUAUCGAAGAGGAUCGAAAAUAGCAUAAUAGAUGUUGUUCAAUAUGCUUCGAAAUAUGAAAAGUACACUCCACUAUGGAUGGAAGAUAGACAGGAGGUAUUGGCCGGUUUCUUGAAGUACGGGCGAGUCAUACCACCGGAGGAGUUCGAUAAAUACAGAUACGAUAACAACGGCCAGGAUCCGCCCGAAUGUAAACCUAAGCUCGAGGAGUAUCAGAAAGAGAUCGACAAAUUCAAUGCUUUGUAUGAUGAAGUUGCUGCACUACCUCCAAAUUACUUGUGUAAUGGUUGGCUGAAGCUAGAUCUGAAGCGACUCAAUCAAGCCAUUAUGAACAUAAUCUGCAAGUGGAGUAAUCUCUAUAAGCAAAACUUGAAGGAUCAUGUCCAGACAAGCCUGGACGACUUGGAGAAGUUCAUAGCGUAUGCCACAAAGGAACUGUCGGUGGAGCUGGGUGAAGAUGAUUACGAGGGUUUGCUGAAAGUGAUGGGCGUCCUCAACGAGGUGAAGGCUAAAGCGGACGCGGGCACGGAGCAAAUGUUCGAGCCGCUCAGGGACAUAAUAUAUGUCCUCAAGGAGUAUGGAGUCGAUUUCCCGGAGGAAACCUAUGAACAGUUGGACGUACUGCCGGAGAGAUGGCGUAAUUUAGUGAAGUUAGCAACGGUACAAAAGAAUAACGUAGCACCAUUACAAGCGGCGCAAGCGGCGCUCAUCGCUAAGCGAGUGGCGCUCAUUAACCUGAGGCUCACCAUGUACCGAGACCAGUUCAGGUUGAAAGAGAUAUUCCUUGAAUCUUGCAAAGAGCCGUAUAGGGAAAUAGACAAAGUGCAUCUGGAGCUCUUGCAGUUUGAGGAGAUUGUGAGUGGAUUGAGGAAGAGUUGUGCAUUAUUUGACAUUCAGCCGCCAGAUGACAAGUUCCUCAAACAAUGUCGGCGGGAACUCAAAUUGAUUAAACAAUUGUGGGAUUACUAUUAUUUAGUAAUGGGCACAAUAGAGUUCUGGAAGAAAUCGCCGUGGAAGAAAAUUGACGCUGAUGGCAUGGAUCAAGAAUGUAAGCGAUUUACUAAAGAUCUGCGCCAGUUAGACAAAGACAUGAGAGUAUGGGAACCUUACAUAUCUAUUGAAGGGACAAUAAAGAACCUAAUGACAUCCUUGCGAGCUGUUACCGAUUUACAGAAUCCUGCUAUUAAAGAUAGACAUUGGGUAGAAUUAAUGAUGGCAACAAAGGUAAAAUUCCAUAUCGAUGAUGAUACAACACUAGCAGACUUACUUGCACUCAACCUACAUAAAUAUGAAGAGGAAGUUAAAACUAUCGUCGAUAAAUCUGUCAAAGAGGCUGCUAUGGAGAAAACGCUCAAGGAAUUGGAAGCUACUUGGGCUAUCAUGGAGUUCGAUUAUACUGUGCAUGACAGAACCGGCAUUAAAUUACCAAAAGCCAGCGAAGAACUUGUCGAGACUCUUGAAGACAAUCAGAACCAAGUGCAAAAUAUGAUGUCAUCGAAAUUUAUCGGAUUCUACGAAGCAGAAGUUACUGCUUGGCAAAAGAAACUCGGAACGGCGGAUGCAGUCAUUGCCAUUUGGUUUGAGGUGCAACGCAAAUGGCAGUAUCUCGAGAGUAUUUUCGUGGGCUCUGAUGAUAUACGUGCGCAGCUUCCAGAAGAUUCUAAACGGUUCGAUAUUAUUGACAAAACUUUCAAGGAAUUAUUAAAAGACAUUGCAAAUACUCCCAAUGUGGUACAAGCAACCAAUAAGCCCGGAUUGCUAGAUAAACUAGAAGAAUUAAUGAAUUCACUUAACUUGUGCGAGAAGGCACUCAAUAAUUAUUUGGAAACUAAACGCUUGGCUUAUCCUCGUUUCUAUUUCGUAUCUUCAGCAGAUUUACUAGAUAUUUUGUCUAAUGGAAAUAAUCCACCAGCUGUUGCUCGCCACUUGUCAAAGCUUUACGAUAAUUUGGCGAAGUUAGUGUUCCCCAAGCCUGGCAGCAAGCAAGCUAUUGAGAUGAUAUCAAAAGAAAAUGAAGAACACGUGCCAUUUAAGGCACCUUGCUGCGACUGUUCUGGAAAAGUCGAAUUAUGGUUAAAUAGAGUGACGGAUUGUAUGCGUUACACACUACGAGAUAUAUUUGAGCACAGUGUGAAAUCGUAUGAAGACAAACCUCGCGAUGAAUGGGUUUUCGACUGGCCGGCACAGCCAGCACUUGUGGGCACACAAAUCUGGUGGACCACGGAAACUAAUCAAGCUUUUGAAAAGCUAGAAGAAGGCUACGAGGGUGCACUGAAAGACUAUCAGAAGAAGCAAAUUGCGCAAUUAAAUGCAUUGAUUGUUCUUCUGCUCGGAGAUUUGACUGUUGGUGAUCGUCAGAAAAUUAUGACCAUUUGUACCAUUGAUGUACAUUCGAGAGAUGUAGUGGCAAAACUGAUUGUUGCCAAAGUCGAAACAUCUAAUGCCUUUCAGUGGCAGAGUCAAUUGAGGCAUAGAUGGGACAUGAAAUUAAAUAACUGCUUCGCUAAUAUUUGCGAUGCGCAGUUUCUUUACGAUUACGAAUAUCUGGGAAAUACGCCUCGUCUCGUAAUCACUCCUUUGACGGAUCGAUGCUACAUAACAUUAACUCAGAGUCUUCAUCUUAUCAUGGGUGGUGCUCCGGCGGGUCCCGCGGGAACGGGCAAGACGGAGACGACCAAGGACUUGGGAAGGGCGCUCGGUAUCAUGGUCUAUGUGUUCAACUGCUCUGAACAAAUGGAUUAUAAGUCUUGCGGAAAUAUUUACAAAGGUCUUGCUCAAACUGGUGCCUGGGGUUGCUUUGAUGAGUUCAAUCGUAUCUCAGUAGAGGUACUUUCUGUAGUAUCUGUACAAGUAAAAAGUGUUCUGGAUGCUAUAAAGGCAAAGAAGAAAAAAUUUGAUUUUAUGGGUGAAUAUAUAACACUCAUACCAACAAUAGGUAUGUUCAUCACCAUGAAUCCUGGCUACGCUGGGAGAACUGAACUGCCCGAAAAUCUGAAAGCAUUAUUCAGGCCGUGUGCUAUGGUGGUACCUGACUUUGAAUUAAUUUGUGAAAUUAUGUUGGUUGCGGAAGGAUUCCAAGAGGCUAGGCUUCUAGCGCGUAAAUUUAUUACACUUUAUACAUUGUGUAGGGAGUUACUAUCAAAGCAAGACCAUUAUGACUGGGGUCUAAGAGCUAUUAAAUCAGUGCUUGUCGUUGCUGGUUCUCUAAAGAGAGGCGAUCGUUUAAGACCCGAAGAUCAAGUACUAAUGAGAGCUUUGAGAGAUUUUAACAUACCCAAAAUUGUAACAGAUGAUAGACCUGUUUUCAUGGGUCUUAUUGGAGAUUUGUUCCCUGCUCUAGAUGUACCCAGAAAACGAGAUUUCGAUUUUGAGAAAAGCCUUGUCGAGGGGGCUAUUUCUAUGAAUUUGCAACCCGAACCAGGAUUUAUUUUAAAGAUGGUGCAACUUGUGGAGCUAUUCGCCGUGAGACAUUCCGUUUUCAUUGAUGGAUUUGCGGGAACAGGGAAAUCUAUGGUCUGGCAAUGUUUAAAUAGAACAUACCACAUGUUGAAAAUGAAACCAUAUUACAAUGAUCUUGACCCUAAAGCAGUGACAAAUGACGAAUUGUUUGGGAUAAUUAACCCUGCGACGAGAGAAUGGAAAGAUGGAUUAUUUUCAACGAUAAUGCGAGACAUGGCUAACAUGCCUGGUGAUGGACCAAAGUGGAUUGUACUUGAUGGCGACAUUGAUCCAAUGUGGAUUGAAAGCUUAAAUACAUUGAUGGAUGAUAAUAAGGUAUUGACACUAGCGAGUAAUGAGCGGAUCGCUUUAACAAAAUCAAUGCGUCUCCUAUUUGAGAUUGCUACGUUACGUACAGCCACGCCAGCUACUGUGUCCCGAGCUGGUAUUCUUUAUAUCAAUCCUCAAGACUUAGGAUGGAAUCCUUUUGUAGCGUCAUGGAUAGAAACCACCCGUGAUGAUGAAUCAGAGAAAGCAAUGUUAACAGUAAUGUUUGACAAAUAUAUACCUUCUCUUCUUGAAUCGUGCAAAAAAUACAAGCGAAUCACGCCAUUGAGCGAACUACAGCAGAUUCAACUAACUUGUUAUUUACUUGAAUGUUUCCUGAACAAGAGUUUGUUACCUUCUGAUUGUCCAAAAGAAUGGUACGAAAUCUAUUUUGUGUUUUGUAUCGUUUGGGGUUUUGGAUCUGGCUUAUUCCAAGAUCAACUGGUGGACUGGCGUAAUGAAUUUAGCAAGUGGUUUUGUAAUGAAUUCAAACAGAUCAAAUUUCCAUCUACCGGAAAUGUAUUUGGAUUUUUCAUUGAUCCGGAGACUAAAAAAUGGUUACCAUGGACAGAAAAAGUGGAGUCGUUUGAAUUAGAUCCGGAUAUACCUCUACAAUCCUGUUUAGUAUCAACAUCAGAAACUACCCGCAUAAGAUUUUUCAUGGAUCUCCUCAUCGCUAAACAAAAACCAGUGAUGUUAGUGGGCAGUGCUGGUAGUGGCAAGACUGUUAGCGUUGCUGCUAAACUGAACUCACUGUCUGAUAAUUUUGCUAUCACAAAUGCACCUCUUAACUUCUAUACCACAUCAGAGAUGAUUCAGAAAGUGCUCGAAAAGCCUUUAGAAAAGAAGUCGGGCCGUAAUUUUGGUCCGCCGGGCAGCAAGUUCAUGAUAUACUUUGUUGAUGAUUUGAACAUGCCGGAAGUGGACACGUAUGGUACAGUGCAACCACAUACCCUUAUAAGACAAUUCAUGGAUUAUAAACAUUGGUAUGAUCGGCAGAAAUUGUCACUCAAAGACAUCUCAAAUUGUAUGUUUGUUUCUUGUAUGAAUCCAACGGCUGGAUCGUUUACUAUCGAUCCUCGAUUACAAAGGCACUUCUGUACAUUUGCCGUCAGUUUCCCCGGACUGGAUGCAUGUUUCCAUAUUUAUAAGCAGAUUUUAUCUCAACAUCUAGGAAACCCGCUUAACAAAUUUGGAAUAGUAGUACAGAAAUAUGCAGAGAAUCUUGUAAAUGCUGCCUUGGCAUUGCAUAAUAAGCUAGCAUCUACAUUUUUACCGACAGCUAUUAAAUUUCACUACAUAUUCAAUCUGCGCGAUCUAUCCAACAUAUUCCAGGGAAUAUUGUUUACUACCGGUGACGCCGUGAAGUUCCAAUCUGAACUCAUUCGCCUUUGGAUGCAUGAAGCAACUCGAGUAUACUCUGAUAAAUUGGUCGACUCCGUGGAUAAUGAAAACUUUAAUAAGCUGAUUGUAGAUGUUAUAAAGAAGAGUUGUGAGGACUAUGACGAAAAUGUAGUAUUUGAAAAGCCUUUGAUCUAUUGCCAUUUCGCGGAGGGAGUUGGAGAUCCCAAAUAUUUCCCCAUCAAGGAGUGGGCGCAAAUUAAGAAAUUGCUUGAUGAAUCGCUUUCCUCAUACAAUGAUCUCGUGGCUACUAUGAAUCUUGUUCUUUUUGAGGAUGCAAUGUAUCAUAUUUGCAGAAUCAACCGCAUCCUUGAAGCACCUCGCGGCAAUGCCCUACUUGUUGGAGUCGGUGGAUCUGGAAAACAAUCUCUAUCAAGACUCUCUUCAUUCAUAUCUUCACUUGAAGUUUUUCAAAUUCAGCUUCGCAAAGGCUACAGUAUCAAUGACCUGAAGGUUGAUCUCGCGGGCUUGUAUAUAAAAGCUGGUCUGAAGAAUAUAGGAAACGUUUUUCUUAUGACGGACGCUCAGGUCGCUGAUGAGCGCUUCUUGGUCUUGAUUAAUGACUUGUUAGCAUCUGGAGAGAUACCCGAAUUGCUGGCUGAUGACGAAAUAGAAAAUAUUAUUAAUGGCGUUAGGGGUGAGACUAAAGCGUCAGGUGUUCCUGAUACUCGAGAAAACUGUUGGAAGUUCUUUAUAAAUCGUGUGAGGACUAUGUUAAAAGUGGUGUUAUGUUUCUCACCUGUGGGUGCAACAUUGCGUGUGCGAGCGCGUAAGUUCCCUUCUAUUGUAAACUGCACGGCCAUCAACUGGUUCCACGAGUGGCCGAAAGAGGCAUUGCGUUCGGUAUCGAAGAGGUUCAUCUCUGAAGUGGAAGCUUUACCCCGUGAUCUAAUCGAGCCAGUAGCAGACUUUAUGUCUCAUGUCCAUCAAAGCGUGAAUCAAAUGUCGGCGGUGUACUUCCAAAAUGAGCGUAGGUAUAACUAUACGACUCCGAAGACGUUCUUGGAGCAAAUUUCUUUGUACAGUAAGCUAUUAACAGAAAAAACAAACAAUUUGAAAAUGAUGAUUUCGAGACUGGAAAAUGGUUUGGAAAAGUUGGCAUCCUGCGCUGCAGAUGUAGCUGUAUUAAAGGUGACGCUUGCAGAACAAGAGCAAAUUUUGAAGGUUAAAAAUAGAGCUGCUGAAGAAUUGAUUGAGGUUGUUGGAGCUGAGAGUGAAAAGGUGUCCAAAGAGAAAGCGUUCGCUGCGGAGGAAGAGAAGAAAGUCAAAGUUAUAGAAGAGGAUGUUACAAUAAAGGCAAAAAUUUGUGCGGAUGAUUUAGCUAAAGCGGAACCCGCACUCAUUGCUGCGCAGGAAGCGCUCAACACUUUGAAUAAGAAUAACUUGACUGAAUUGAAAUCUUUCGGUUCGCCGCCUGAUGCUGUGGUGAACGUCACGGCCGCUGUACUCGUGCUCUUUUCAAAAAAAGGAAAACUGCCUAAAGAUAGGUCCUGGAAAGCAUGCAAGUUAAUGAUGGCAAAAGUUGAUCAAUUUUUAUACGAUCUAGUCUAUUACGAUAAAGAAAAUAUACAUCCAGAUGUUGUUAAGGCUGUCCAACCGUACAUAAAGAAUCCGGAGUUCAACGCGGAGUUUAUAAUGUCGAAAUCGGCUGCAGCGGCGGGAUUGUGCGCGUGGGUGAUCAAUAUAAUCAAGUUCUACGACGUGUACGUCGUCGUGGAGCCCAAGCGCCGUGCCCUCAACGCCGCCAACGCCGAGCUGCAGGCCGCUAGGGACAAGCUGGCGUUCCUCACUGAGAGGAUUCAAGAAUUGGAAGAACAAUUAGGAGAACUUAUGAAAGCCUUCCAAGAGGCGGUCAAUGAAAAGAUGAAAUGUCAAGCAGAAGCUGAUGCUACUAACUAUACAAUAGAUUUAGCCAACCGUCUUGUUAACGGAUUAGCUUCUGAGAAAAUAAGAUGGUCAGCGACAGUGGUGAAUCUCAAGGAAUCGGGUGUCAUGUUGCCCGGAGAUGUGCUAUUGGUGACGGCAUUCAUUUCUUACGUGGGAUGCUUUAUGCGACGCUAUCGACUCAUGCUUAUGAACGAAGACUGGAUACCCACAUUGAAUAAAACUAAUCCUAAAAUCGAAACAACAGAAGGUUUGGACCCGCUAUCAAUGCUAACAGAUGAUGCUCAAGUAGCAUGUUGGAAUAACGAGGGCUUGCCCACUGAUACCAUGAGUACGGAAAAUGCAACAAUUUUGACAAAUUCGGCUCGAUGGCCUUUAAUGAUAGAUCCACAAUUACAAGGCAUUAAAUGGAUCAAAUCACGUUAUGGUGAUGCAUUAGUUGUGAUUAGACUUACACAACGAAACUACCUUGACCGUAUCGAGCGCGCUGUCAGUAACGGAGAUGUAGUUCUAUUGGAGAAUAUCGGAGAAUCUGUGGAUGCUGUACUGGAACCACUACUAGGCAGAGUGCUCAUUAGGAAGGGUCGAGUGCUAAAGAUAGGGGAUAGAGAAAUAGAUUACCAUGCUAAUUUCCGUUUAGUGAUUCAAACAAAACUAGCAAAUCCUCACUAUCAGCCCGAAAUGCAGGCUCAAUGUACACUGAUUAACUUUACUGUUACUAGAGACGGCUUGGAGGAACAGCUAUUAGGAGAGGUGGUAAAAGCUGAGAGACCAGAUUUAGAAAAACUGCGAGCUGGCCUCACGAAACAACAGAACGAUUUUAAGAUCACAUUAAAAAGUUUAGAAGACGAUCUCUUAAAAAGAUUGUCUUCGGCCGGCCCCGAUAUCCUAAGUGAUUCGGCACUUGUAAUAAACCUCGAGACUACUAAGAAGACUGCAGCCGACAUUGAGAUAAAGGUCGAAGAGGGUAAAGUUACAGCUGUCAAGAUUGAUGAAGCUCGUGAACGAUAUAGACGCGCCGCCACUCGUGCUUCACUUUUGUACUUCAUUUUAAACGACUUAUAUAAAAUCAAUCCUAUGUACCAAUUCUCGUUGAAGGCAUACAGCGUAGUAUUCAAAGAUGCUUUGAUGCGUGCCGAAGAGGCUGAUGACCUUGAAGGUCGCGUCAGGAAUUUGCUCGAUAGCAUCACAUUUGCUGUGUUUGUUUAUACCAGUCGAGGCUUGUUUGAAAGGGACAAACUUGUGUUCCUGUUUCUCAUCACUUUACAGGUAUUACAAACGGAUGGUAAAGUUGAUCCUAGGGAAUUGGACUUCUUGUUGAAAUAUGCCGUAGCCCCAGAAGUGUCACCAUACUCGUGGCUUUCAAAUAAUUCCUGGGGAGGAAUUAUUGCACUUUCAAAAAUGGAUGCCUUUGAAAACCUUGAUAAAGAUAUUGAAGGUGCUACUAAAAGGUGGCAAAAAUAUACUGAUGGAGAAGCACCUGAAAGAGAUAAGUUGCCCGGGGAAUGGAAGAAUAAGAGUUCGCUUCAGAGACUUUGUAUUUUGCGAGCCUUAAGACCAGACAGGAUGUCUUAUGCCUCUGGGGCAUUUUGCGAAGAAAAUCUUGGUACAAAAUACGUUGAAGCUCGAACGCCGCCAUUAGAAAAAUCUUAUCAAGAAAGUACUUCAACAACGCCCAUGUUCUUCAUCCUCUCCCCUGGCGUCGAUCCGCUGAAAGAUUUAGAGAAACUGGGCAGAAAGCUUGGUUUUUCCACGGACAAAAAGAAUUUCCACAUCGUGUCCUUAGGUCAGGGUCAGGAAGUCGUAGCGGAAGAGGCCAUGGGUGUAGCGUCGGUGAAUGGUCACUGGGUGAUUCUUCAAAACAUUCACUUAGUGGCCAAAUGGCUCGCUACUCUUGAAAAGAAAAUGGAAGAGACAUUUGAAAAUCCCCUUGAAGAAUAUAGAUUGUAUUUGAGUGCCGAACCGGCUGCAGAUCCAGCUUAUCAUAUCAUACCUCAAGGCAUUCUAGAAUCUGCCAUUAAAAUAACUAAUGAACCCCCCAUCGGAAUGUGGGCGAAUUUGCAUAAGGCAUUAGAUAAUUUCAGUCAAGAAACUCUGGAAAUGUGCAGCAAAGAAGCUGAAUUUAAAUCUGUAUUGUUCGCGCUCUGUUACUUCCAUGCGGUGGUAGCUGAAAGGCGCAAGUUCGGCCCACAGGGGUGGAACAGAGUAUAUCCAUUUAACUUUGGUGAUCUCACAAUUUGCGUAUACGUUUUAUACAACUACUUGGAGGCGAACCCACGUGUACCGUGGGAGGACUUGCGUUACCUCUUUGGGGAAAUUAUGUACGGAGGGCACAUCACUGACGACUGGGACAGGAGAUUGUGCAGAACUUUCCUGCUUGAGUAUAUGCAACCAGAACUGGUCGAUGGUGAAUGUCCUUUGGCACCAGGGUUUAUAUCACCACCAAAUUCUGAUUAUGUCAGCUACCAUCAGUACAUAGAUGACUUCUUGCCAGAUGAGACUCCGUACUUAUACGGUCUGCAUCCCAACGCUGAAAUAGGAUAUUUGACCACUGUGUCAGAACGGUUGUUCAAGGUUGUGUUCGAAAUGCAACCGAGAGAUGCGGGGGCUCAGGCUGGUGGUGGUGCCAGCAAGGAGGAAAUGGUUCGCUACAUAUUGGAUGACAUCCUAGACAGAGUUCCUGAACCGUUUAAUCUACAAGAGCUGAUGGGCAAAGUGGAGGAAUUAACACCAUUCACGAUCGUCGCCCUGCAAGAGUGCGAGCGAAUGAAUAGGCUUAUGGGCGAGAUUCGCCGUUCCCUCAAGGAGGUCGAGUUGGGAUUGAAAGGUGAGCUAACAAUCAGCAGCGACAUGGAGAAGCUGAUGGAAUCUCUAUUUAUGGACCACGUGCCUGAUUCUUGGACAAAACUGGCCUACCCCAGCUUGCUUGGUUUAGCUGCUUGGUUUUCGGACCUCUGUCUCAGACUUACUGAAUUGGAGAAUUGGUCUGGGGAUUUCAAUCUACCCCCAGCGGUGUGGCUGGCGGGUUUCUUCAAUCCACAAUCGUUCCUGACGGCCAUCAUGCAGCAAACGGCGCGCAAGAACGAGUGGCCGCUGGACAAGAUGUGCCUCAACUGUGACGUCACCAAAAAGUAUCGAGGCGACUUUAACGCUCCUCCGCGAGAGGGAGCCAAUAUCCACGGGCUGUACAUGGAGGGAGCACGGUGGGACACCGCCACGGGAGGCAUUGUGGAGUCGCGCAUGAUGGAGCUGUUCCCAAUGAUGCCGGUGAUUUAUAUCAAGGCGGUGACGCAGGACAAACAGGACACUAGGAAUGUGUACGAGUGCCCCGUGUACAAGAUUCGUAUGCGUGGACCAACGUUCGUGUGGACAUUUAACUUAAAAACGAAGGAUAAACCGACGAGGUGGACUUUAGCUGGUGUGGCACUUUUACUCGGCGUAUAAACAAUUUGCAAGCACCUAUGAAUUAAUGUUAUUUUUAAUUUAUUUAUAGU